UUAGUCACUAGUUAGCACGUGACACGAUAAAGUCAAGUAAGACGCCUCUUAUACAUUGUUUUGUUUAUUAUUUAGGAAUGUGAACUUAAUUAAACAAAUGGAUAUCACAAUUCUCUUAAUUUGUUUGCUCAAUGUUUAUCAAGGAUAUUGCACUAAAUGCUACGUCUGCAACUCCGAAGAGCAUCCAGAAUUUUGUGGCCGCGAAGGAAACUUUACAGAGGAAAAUGCACAACACAUUGCAGACUGUAAUGGAAACUGUUAUGUGGGUACACUCACAGGUGAAAAUGGAGAAGCACAUUUAAGACAGUGUCUGCCAAGCAAAAUAACUGGAUGUGAAAUAAAAGAGAGUGGCUCCAUAUGCCAAUGUGGAACAGACUUUUGUAAUAAGGAUUUGAUGACGUGCUACAAACAAAACAUCAAUAUUCUCCGAUGCAAACAAGCUCUGAAACCAGUACAGAUGACACAGACAUCGGAUAGGAACAAAAUGGCACCAAAAACAUCGUUACAGUUUUUUGUUAUCAUUGCAAGCGUUUUCAUGCUAUUUAUUUUUCAAAUAAGUUGACCAUUUAUGACU